AUGGACGAAAUAGGGGCAGAUUUCCCAUUCAGGGCCACGCCCAAGGCUACGCCCCCAACACUCAAGAUUGAUCACGACUGCGGCGUCAAAAUCACAACAUCUCCCGCGAUAAAUAACCCUCCACUGCCCGCCGAUGGCCCUGGUAACGAGACCUUCUCCAACGGGCUCUUGAUUUCCCUCUUGAUUCUUGUCCCGACGUGCACAGCAUGGGAGUUGGGUGGCGGGUUCAAGACCACGAUCUUCUUCGCUCUCAUCACCACUUUUCCGGUUCUGAUCAUCUUCUGGGCCAUCACCUCUGCCACAGCCCCGCGCACAAACGAGAGAGUCAAGUUCCCAGGUCUUCCUGUGGAACACUACUUGACUUUUCAUAAGGAACAAGAUCGGGACAAGUAG